AUGGCCGGGAAGAUCGAAGAUAUCUCCGAUGGCAAAAGCGUGCAACAACUCUUGCGUGAGAAGAACCAUCUCGUUCUGGGAGAUCCUUCCACCCUCGUGAGAAUGGGCAAGACAGGCGUGUUCUGGGACGCCGUGGCUUACCCAUUCCCUCCUGGUUUGACUCCUGAUGACAUCUAUGAAAAAAUAGAGUCAGCUCUUCGUGAUUGUGAUGAGGAUGAGGACUGGGAUUAUAUGGGUGAGAAAUCAAUAUGGGUUUAUGUGGAUGAGACGGACAAGGAAGGGCCUUGGGUUGGGGAUUAUCUGAAAAGCAAGACUUGGACAUCAAGAAUCUACUUCCUUCCAGGAGGUGAUGAUAAACACAAGAGAGUUAAUAGAAUGCUACAUGACAUCCAUUUAUGGGGAAUGGACUUUCCUGUGGCCCAUCCUCGUCCAUCAACUUUGGUCAUAGUAUCGGAUCAAGUCAGAGAUGACUUGUUUUUCCGCCGGAUGCUUAAACAUUUUAUUACGAGAGGUUUCCAUGUUUACUUAGCAACUCAGCCUGGGAGCUACCAACCAGAAGAAGAAGUUGAAUGGCCUGCAUCGCUAUUAGCUGUUCUCUACUCUUUUGUGAGAAAGGGAACGUUCGGCUCAACCAAACCUCACAACAUAAAGAAGAUUGAUGCUACUCGAGAUGGCAAAGAUGGGGGAGACAAGUGUCUCCAUAUCGAAGAUUUCUCCGCCGUCGUUGAAGGGGGUCAGCUAGGCGUGAUAUGGUACAGCUUGCCCAGAAAGAGUGAAGAUUUCACUUGCCCAAUCCCUUCUAGUGAGAGGCUUCCUUCUGUUAUUAGUAAUAUCAAAUCAGCUGUUUAUGAAAUGGGCUUUCAUAAUCCGGUGAUAAUCUAUGCGUAUGGUGACACGCCCGACCAACGAAAUUUAUUUAAGAAAGCCGGAAUUUGUUACGCAGUAGAAGAUGAACACCAGCGAAGUCUCCCAACAGAUGAUUAUGGUGAAAUGGCUGUGGACCUUAUUCUUUUCGCAACACCGACCUAUGAGGAGCCAGCAAUUUUAGUGGUAAUCGCAAAUCCAGACGCAGAUAGCGAGUUGCAGAGGGUGCUCAAGUGUUUGCAAGCGAGAAAUCACGAUGUUUUCGUAGUAAAGCAGCCUGUUGAUGGCAGUGGUCUAUUUGACUCUGCGGAGUCAAUAGUUAAUAACACUCAACGUUUAGUUGGAGGAGAGCACAGCAAGCCGAAUUGCCGUUGCAGAUCUUAUUAG